UUUAAUAAAUUUUAUUACAGAACGGUAAUGUGUCGGUAGAUAAGAUUUAUAUAUUCCCUAUAAAUACACACAUGACUUUGUCUCGCACCAAUAGCUGCACAGGCCUUCAAGGUUAAACAAAAGUAGAAAUAAUCUCGGUUGGAUUUUGCAGUAAUGGCAGAUGAAGUAGUUCUUCUGGAAACCCAAUUCAGUCCUUUUGCAGCCAGGUUGAACCCAGUUAAUAAACAAAUCCCUGUCUUGAUCCAUAAUGGCAGGCCCAUUUGCGAGUCAUUGAUCAUCGUCCAAUAUAUUGAUGAGGUUUGGAAUCAUAAAUCUCUCUUUUUGCCUUCUGAUCCUUACCAACGAGCUCAUGCCAGGUUCUGGGCUGAUUAUGUCGACAAGAAAAUUUACCCAAUUGGGAAGAUGCUAUGGUCCUGCAUAGGUGAAGUCAAAGAAGCAUCCAAGAAGGACUUGAUCGAGUGCUUCAAAAUUUUGGAAGGAGAGCUUGGAGAGAAGCCAUAUUUUGGAGGUGAGGGAUUCGGUUUCAUAGAUGUGGCAUUGAUUCCUUUCUAUAGCUUGUUUUACACGUUCGAGACCCUGGGAAACUUUAGCAUGGCUGUGGAGUGCCCUAAGCUUCUGGAAUGGGCUAAGAGAUGCUUGCAGAAAGAAAGUGUGUCCAAGAGUAUAUACGAUGAACACAAAAGUUAUGAAACGGCUUUGUUCAUGAAAGAGAAAUUGGGGUUUUGAGUAAAUUCAAGUGGAAAUUCAACUGCUUUUCAUUUCUUGUCCUUGUUUUCUCUUCUUGUUCUAAUUAGCAGGUAAUUUUACAGUUUUGGUUUUUAGUCAAUGCAUCCUAGUAAAUCAAUCUCUUACUA